GGGAGAGAAGCUGAAGCCUUCUUCAUUCCUGUCAUGUUUCUGCUCGGAUAACAAGCAAGGCUGACUUUAAAUACGAUUCAAGGAAACCUGUUUCACCUCUUCCGCCUCUCAUACAGAGACAAUGCAGUAUGGACGACGUGCCAAGGCACUGAUAAGAGAGUGAGAGAUAUAAGUAGCACGGAGAGAAGCGGAAAUAUUUCAACACAGACGGUGCUUCUCACAGACGUACACAAGACAUCAUGUCCACCUCGAUAAAGCAGGAGAGAACAAUUUGUGUUUUACUCCCCAACAAAGACCAGCUGGACAUCACUGUCGGGCCAAAGUCCACUGGGCAGGAUGUUUUUAACCGUGUGGCAGAGAUCCUUGGAGUCAAAGAGCUGCAUUUCUUCGGCCUCACAGUGGUCAGAGACAAUGAGCAUAUAUUUUUGGACAUGGAGGAGAAGCUGACCAAGUACUUUCCAAAGGAGUGGAAGCAAGAUUCAGUGAAGAAGAGAUCAUUGCCCCUUGUGCUUUGCCUGAAAGUACAAUACUACGUAGAGAAUGGUCGACUCAUCUGCGAACGAAAGGCUCGGCAUCUUUACUACUCCGACCUGCGGGAGCGAGUGCUUCGCUCCGAGUGUCGUCAGCAGGAGGAGGUGUACUUCCAGCUGGCAGGUUACGCCCUGCAGGCUGACCUCGGGGACCACCCGCCGCCGCAGGAGGGCUUGGAGGUCGCCCCUUACUUUGAACCUAAGGAGUACUUUCCCCCCUGGAUCAUAGCUAAGCGUGGAGUGAGCUACCUCCUCUGCCACGGACCCAAAGUGCAUCAGGAGCUGUGGGGCAUGUCGGCGCGAGACGCCAUCCUGCUCUUCAUCAGAGAAUCCUGUCAGCUGGAGGACGUCCCUGUCAGGUUUUACAGACUGCAAAAGGACAAGAAGGAGGACAGAGGAACGGCGCUGCUCGGCCUGACUCUGCGAGGAAUGCAGGUUUAUCAGGAAGUGAACAAUGUGCGACAGCUGCUGUACGAUUUCCCCUGGUUCAACGUGGGGCGUCUCACCUUUCUGGGCAAGAAAUUUGAGAUCCAGCCAGAUGGCCUGCCGUCGGCCAGGAAGCUGGUUUAUUACACCGGCUCGUCGUUUCGCUCUCGCCAUCUCCUCCUGCACCUGAGCAGCAGCCACCAGCUCUACCUCAGCCUUCAGCCUGCCCUCAAACACCUACGGCAGCUCGAGGAAAGCAAAGAGAAGCAGCGAUACCGAGAAUCCUACAUUAGCGAUGAUCUGGAUUUGGACCCACCUGGCAGCGAGAGCAGCCCUGGCUUGUCCCGACGCUCCACCAGCAGCUCCGGGAUCGAAGCCGAUACUCGACAGCACAGCAUCUCCACCGACACGGCCGGCACGGAGGAGGACAGUCAACACCGAGCAGAGACGUGCUUCAGCUCCACGACCAGCCGAGGCAGCUCCUGCACCUCCGGGUUCGACACGGGCAGCAAGGCCCGAAUGGAAGACGAAGGAUGGCCAGAGGAAGAGCUGAAAUCAAACGUGGGGAGUCCAGAGGAGGUUCUUGUGGAUGAUCCUGAGGAAAUGUUCCAGCUGGCUAACCUUCUUGAGGGAGUGUCAGUGGACUGUACAGAGCUGCCCUCAGACACUCUGCUGUCAGAAAUCACAGUUUGUCCCCAAGAUGAUCAAACAGAAAUGGAAAAUUCAUGUAACAAAGCCACGUUAAAAGAGAUGAUAAAAUCCAGAGGCCAGGUUUGUGCGGACCGGCACAGCCACAGUUUAGAUGAUGUCCGUCUGUUCCCGCCUCCAGCGCCGCUGGGAACGGCGCUGCCGCACGAUUCCUCCCACAGCUACACGUUCGGCCUGCCGGAUGCCUCAACAAACACAAAGACUUCUGCUGAUCCCACUUACUGCUCCCGUUUGCACUGCCAGGCCAAGCCUUCUUUCUACGGCCGCAGGUCCACCAACUGCCUCUCCCUGGACAUGUUGGGCGACGAGCAGUUCCUGGAAUUCAUUCUCUGAACGCACCAGUUCUCUCUCUUUUUUUUUUACGGCACAUGAUUGUCUCCAUGACGAUGGUUGUCUGCCGUUUUUAGAGCAAAGAAACUCUCUUUUAAGAUUGACUGUACUCCACAUUUCUGUCCUUGAGGCUUUGGAUUAGAUGGCAGAAGCGCUUCAGCGACAUUUCAAAAAGUAAACACUGCAUAUUUAUUAUUGUUGUAUAUUGUGUAAAUAUUGCUUGUACUGUUCUAUUGCAUUUCAGCCUCUGAACAAAACAUAUCUAAUCAACUUUGUCUCUUGUAAAGUUCAUGUUGUUACUGUCGGAUAGUAUGCUCCUGACAUUUAAAGACUUUUAAAAGUCUGACCGUUUUGAAACUAUUGGGCAUUCCUAAUGUGUGGCUUACUUUCCUUUAACUUUCUUUUUAACCAACACUUCCCUUUAAUAAGGAAAAUCUCAGAAGCCAUGACAGUGUAUCCUGCUAUGUUUCUUUUAUCAUUAUUUCUGUGUAAAAUCAGAUUUUAUAAUGAACCUUGUUUUUGUACAGUGUGCUCUGUCAUGCUUUUCCUAUUAGUCUUCCUCAGCAAUGUAGCCACCGAUGUGGAAAAUUGAACCUCUUUACAGCUGGCAAUGCAUUCAUCCAAAGCCUCUCUUUUCUAUACUGUCCUCCCGUGCUCAUAAUUACAACAGAAAAGUAUUAUUUGUGUAGCACUUCUGUAGCCACUAAGCCUAUAAUGAAUCUGCAGUAUUUUUGUAUUAUGUAACCCUGCCUCCAACAAAAAGGCUUGUUUGUUUUUUUUUCGUUUAUACAUUGUCUCUGUUUUGUAAGUCAUAAUUGGUGGGCAGUAGAGGAGCUGUCUUUAGCCAAUGUGAGGUCAGCAGGAAAGAAUAUCAGACAUUAAACAGAAACUUUUACUCGGUGCCAAUAUCAUAUCACAAAACUGCAUUUUUUUUAUUCAAGGCACUGUUUUUUAAAGGUGAAAAUAAAUUCUUAAUUC